ACGGUCUUCGGACCAAACAAUCUCAACACAGACUGCAUUCCAAAGCUUACUGGGUGAAGUCAUAGCUAUUGGUUUUCAUUUAAACCGCGCUUUUGUUGAUUUAAUUUGACGGUGGUCGCUUUGAUAUGGAGCUGGUUGGGUCUGAGUUCUAGGCGCGGACAAAGCGGAUCAGCCCGAGCCGAGAUGAGCGCGACAAUGAGCGGCUCCGGGCCAUCAGCGCCCUGCCGCUUCGCACAUUACUUCGUCAUAUGCGGAAUAGACAUUGAAACGGGUCUAGAACCCGAUGCUUUGUCAGCUUUGUACCAAUGGCUAGAAGCCGAUCGGCUGGGCAGGGACUCUGAGGACAUGGCAGCAGGGGAAAACUUUGAUCAGAGCCCUUUGAAAAGGACCUUCAAAUCCAAAGUACUGGCCCACUACCCGGAGAACAUAGAGUGCAAUCCGUUUGACCAGGAGGCUGUUAACAUGCUCUGUAUGCCCAAAGGUCUCUCUUUCCGAACUCAACGUGACAGUCUCACCCCGCAGUUCCACUCUUUCCUCAUAACUAGAGAAGACGGUUCUCGCACUUAUGGUUUCGUCCACACUUUCUACGAAGAGGUCACCAGCCCUCAGAUCUGCUCCGCCAUGCAGACGCUACACCAGAUGCACCAAGCGGAGCAUAACACAUCUGCCCACAAAUGCCCUUCAUCUUCCUCCUCCUCAUCCUCCUCAUCUUCAUCAUCUAGUAUGGACUCGUUAGCCAGCAGUCUGGAUGAAAUCGAGUCUCCCUCGUCAUCACAAGGUACCCGCAGAAGCUGUGGCUGCUCAGGAGAAGGUUACGACUCCCUUCGCGACACGCUGUACGUGUCCAAAGCCAUGUGUCUGAUCACGGCCAUGCCCUUCAUGCAUGCUUAUAAACGCUUCCUGUCCCAGAUCCACCGCGCAGUUACGUCCAAUCAGCCACCUCCACUCCCUUUGGAGAGUUACAUUUAUAACAUCCUCUAUGAAGUACCUUUGCCCUCACCCGGACGCUCUUUAAAGUUCCAUGGUGUGUAUGAACCAAUCCUGUGCCAGAGGCCUGGCAUUGGAGAGCUGCCAUUGGCUGAUUUCCCACUGGGUGAGGCCUUUCGGUUGUUGGGGGCGGAAAAUCUAGUGCAGCUUUUCACUUGUGUCCUACUGGAGAUGCAGAUCCUCCUCUACUCACAGGAUUACCAGAGGCUUAUGGUGACUGCAGAGGGAAUCACAACGCUGCUGUUCCCUUUCCAAUGGCAGCACGUGUAUGUGCCAAUCCUGCCCGCUUCUCUGCUGCACUUCCUGGAUGCCCCUGUGCCCUAUCUCAUGGGCCUGCAGUCCAAAGAGGGCACAGAUCGCUCCAAACUGGAGCUGCCUCAAGAGGCAAACCUGUGCUUCGUUGACAUCGACAACCACAGUAUUGAGCUGCCUGAAGACUUCCCUCAGUUUCCCAACAAGACUGAGUUCAUCCAGGAGCUGAGUGAGGUGUUACUCAGUUUUGGCUUGUCUCCAGAUGGAGGCAAAACCUCCCCUCCUCCUCCAGUCACCACACAGACCUCCACACUGGAGGCCGAACUAAAGAACAUGUCUCUCAGAGAAUUAGUGGAUGACAAGAAGAAUGGGAACCUGGGAGGAGAAGCACUGGAUGUCUUGGAGCUUCUUCAGGGCAACCCUACUCUGGAGAGACUGCAGGCUCUGGCCAAGAGGACUGGGGUGAAAGUGGCCCGUUUGGAGGUGUUGGCAGCAGGGCAGAAGGGCACAGGGGAGGAGGGUGUGGGAGGAAGAUCUCCCGCAGAGGAAGAGGAGCUGCGGAAUGCUAAACUGAACGUGCAGCUGAGGGAGGUGUUUGCCGCACGCUUUGCAACGAUGUUUGCAGACUACGAGUCGUUUGUGAUUCAGAAUUCGCCAGAUUUGGAGUCCUGGCUGACCAAUAGAGAGCAGAUGCACAACUUUGACAAGGCCUCAUUCCUUUCAGACCAACCGGAACCGUACUUACCCUUUCUGUCCCAUUUUAUCGAGACGCAAAUGUUUGCCACCUUCAUCGACAACAAGAUCAUGUCUCAGUGGGAGGAGAAAGAGCCCCUCCUAAGAGUGUUUGAUGGACGCAUUGAGAAGGCCCGCCUCUACAAUGUCCGGGCCCCCAACCUGCGGUCUUCAAUCUACCAGAAAUGCACUUUCCUCAAGGAGUCUGCUCAGGCCAUUGAGCAUCGACUGAGGAAGAUCGACCACACUGCCAUCCAUCCUCACCUGCUGGAUAUGAAGAUUGGUCAAGGAAAAUACCAGCAGGGCUUCUUCCCCAGACUCCAAGCUGACGUGCUUGCCACAGGGCCCACCAACAACAAAUGGUCCAAUCGCACAUGCUCAACUCAGCGUAGAGUAGACCGACACCGUCAACAGAACGAACAUCUCGUGCUGGACAAUGAUCUGAAAGAUGUGGAGGGAUAUUUGCUCCUGCAGAACUCUAUGGCUUUCUGGGAGUGGGAUAAGGCACCACCCCCACCCGUUAAACCACCCAAAAAGUCCUUCUCGGCCUGCUGUCUGAAAUACAUGCAGGAAGCCCGUAACCUGGGGAAGAACCUGAGACAACCAAAACUUUCAGACCUCUCUCCAGCUGUUAUCGCUCAGACCAACUGGAAGUUUGUGGAGGGCUUGCUAAAAGAAUGCAAGAUGAAGACCAAGCGUAUGCUGGUGGAAAAGAUGGGGAGAGAGGCUGUUGAACUUGGGCAUGGAGAGGCAAACAUUACAGGGCUGGAGGAGAACACGCUCAUUGCAAGCCUGUGUGACCUACUGGAGAGAAUAUGGAGCCAUGGCCUACAGGUCAAACAGGGAAAGUCUGCGCUGUGGUCUCAUUUAUUGCAUUACCAGGCAAGAGUAGAGAAGAAUCAACUGCAGUCCGAGUCACCAGUGUCUAAUGGACAGGAAAGGCGCAAGUCGGAGUCCAGUUUUGGCCUUCCUGUGUUACGUGUAUCACUUAUACAGGAUAUGAGACACAUUCAGAAUAUGGGGGAGAUUAAGACUGAUGUAGGUCGAGCACGUGCCUGGAUCCGUCUGUCUCUGGAGAAAAAACUGCUUUCCCAGCAUCUCAAACAGCUGUUGUCUAACCAGACUUUAACCAAGAAGCUGUAUAAGCGUUACGCUUUCUUGCGUUGUGAAGAGGAAAAAGAGCAGUUUCUCUUUCAUCUCCUGAGUCUGAAUGCUGUGGACUACUUCUGUUUCACCAGUGUCUUCACCACCAUAAUGAUUCCAUACCGGGCGGUCAUCAUCCCAAUCAAGAAGCUUAGUAACGCCAUGACGACAUCCAAUCCCUGGUUGUGUGUGUCUGGUAAUUUGGGUGACUCCGGCAUCCUGCAGAUCACUAAAAACGUUCUGGAAAUGACAUUUGAUUCUGCCUUUAGGCCUCACACGCACAUCUCCAUCGCCUACAAGUGUCAGAAUCUCGGAAAGCUGACGACAGUGCAGCUGGGUCACGAUAAUUCUGGCUUCCUUGCAAAGUGGUUGGUGGAUUGUGUCAUGGUCCGCAAUGAGAUCAGCGGACACACAUAUAAGUUUCCAUGUGGUAGGUGGCUGGGGAAGGGCGUCGACGAUGGCAGUCUUGAGCGAGUUCUGAUCGGUGAAUUUGUAGUUCCGUGCAAUGAUGACGAAGGGGGGCGAGGGUCCAAGACUCCACCCCUUCAGAGAUCACCCUCACAGAUUCGGCGAAUCAGCAUCACAUCACUUACUGGCCGUGGAAAUAAACCAACAACAGUUCAGAUACAGGAAUCUAUCGGCGAAGCAGUGAACAACAUUUUAAAGCAUUUCCACAAACCAGAGAAAGAGAGGGGCAGUCUUACAGUUCUGCUCUGUGGAGAAGGUGGACUGGUGUGGGCCCUGGAGCAGUUCUUUCAUCAUGGAUUUCGCACAGCUCGGCUGUUUCAGAAGAAUGUCUUUGUGUGGGACUUCUUUGAGAGGGCAAUAACAUGUAUGGAGAAUGCAGAUCAAUUCGGAGACCUGCAAGAAACCCCAGAGUCUCUUGGUCUGAAUUGUGAAUCUCUCUAUCGCUACGUCAAUGGCAUCAACAAUACGCCACGCAACAUUGGCAAAGACGGCAAGUUCCAGCUGCUAGUUUGCCUUGGGGCGAGAGACCGAUUUUUGCCACAGUGGCUCCCUCUACUGGCCGAAUGCCCUGUCAUCACACGGAUGUAUGAGGAGAAUGCAUUGCUGCGAGACAAGCUUACAGUCAACUCUCUUGUCGCCGUCCUGCAAACGCUCCAUGACUUCCCCAUCACACUGGAGACCUCCCUAACAAAGUGCGUUGACCUUUAACUUCUCAUACUGAGAUUCAAUUCAGACUGCUUCCUGUUCUUGCAUCUCUGGCCCUCUCUGCUGCAACCCUCAGGGCCAAAGCGGCUCUAAAUGUGUCUCUGCCUUGUGCAUUCUCUAAAGACUUGUCAAAGCUUCCCCGUAAGACUGUCCUGCACCCCCAAGGAAAUGAGUCUCAGAACUUCACAGAUGUUUUGUAGCAGUAUUCUGAGUUCUUUCUUACUGAAAGCAGUGUUUGGGCAUUUUUGAGAAGAUUUUCCUAGACUUGUGGAUUUUGGUUUAAAAUCUGUGGUCAUUUCUGCACAUAUUGGCUGCGAGCGUGUGCGAAUAUGUAGUUGUAUUCUCUAGCGUUUAUGCUUUAAAUCAUGUGCCAUCUUUAGAACGCACUGUAGAAAGUGUGUUUUUUGGCAACUUGAUUUAGGAUGGAGCCUUAGUACUGACAGAUUAUAUAUGCCCAUUAUUAGAAGUUCAACAGGCAACCAUAUUUGAGAAAGUCUUGAUGAUAUUUAUAAUGAUUUAGUUUAUCUGUAAAUUUGACGUCUUUUGUUUAAACCAAUGCUAUCCAUGUGCUGAUUUUCAGUCAAUAUCUAAGGAACAUUAGUUCAACCAAUGGAUAGUCCAAACUGUCGUCAAUUUGAAACAUUCUUUAUGAAUGGUAAAGCGAAGUCUGUUGAAUGAAAUUUCAGAGAAAAUGGACAUUCCAACAAGACGUGAAGAACGGCACUGUAUGCGUUACAAGAUGUGUUGAUGUCUGAUAGUGUGUGCGCGUGUGGCUUUCCAAAGUGUUAAAGUUUAACACUUUGGAAAUAUAUUUUUUUAUUUCCCCAGUGAGUAUUAACUGUCAUUCAUAGAUACUUUUGUGUCAUGUUUGAUUUUUUUUAUUUAGUGAAACACAGAAAAUCAACAUAGAGCAAUAACACACCACUUUUAGAACCAGUGUCCCGCUUAUUAUUUUUCUCUAAUGUACAUUUACAAAAAAGUUUAAAUCUAAAAUGAGUACAUUGCCUUUCUCUCUUAAAGAUUAAAUGUUCGUUCACCCAAAAAUGAAAAUUCUCACAUAAUUUACCCUCAUGCCAUCUCAGAUGUGUAUGACUCUCUUCUGCAGAACACAAGAAUUUUUAGAAGAAUAUUUCAGCUCCAUCCAUACAAUGCAAGUGAAGAGUGACCAGAAAUUUGAAGCUCUAAAUGGGACGUAAAGGAAGCAUAAAAUUAAUCAAUAUGACUCCAGUGGUUUAAUCCAUGUAUUCUGAAGCGAUAUGAUAGGUGUGUGUGAGAAUUAGAUCAAUAUUUAAGUCCUUUUUACGAUAGAUUCUCCUCCCUGCCCAGUAGGGGGCGAUAUGAUAAACUAAAAGAAUAUUGUGAAGUGAAAGUGGAGAUUUAUUGAAAAAAAAGGACUGAAAUAUUGAUCUGUUUCUCACCCACACCCAUUAUAUCACUUUAGAAGACAUGAAUUUAACCACUGGAGUUGUAAUUAUUGCUUUUAUGUGCUUUUUAGAGAUUCAAAAUUCUUAGGACCUACAGAUCUGAUAUAUUCUUCUAAAAAUCUUCAUCUGUGUUCUGCAGAAGAAAGUCAUACACAUAUGGGAAGGCAUGAGGGUGAGUAAAAGAGAGAAUUUAAAUUUUUUGGGUGAACUAUCCCUAAGCAAUUAUCUGUGGGAUGCUUUAAAUGAAAAGUGUGAACCCUACUAUUUACCACUAAUUGAAGGUCUUUGAAGUGCAGCAUACUACAUUGUAAUUCCAUGUGUAAUUACUGCAGACUUUCACAUUUCUUAGAAGUAUUGUCCUUAACCCUGUUUGUUAUUUUAUGCCUCUGUUUUAAAACCUAAAACUAUGCUGAGAGAAUUUGAGUAGGAUUUACAGAUUAAGACAACUGUUACAGGUUGUCUGGGGAUCACUUUUUUCAUUGUUGCAUAAUAUUAAGUUUUGCUUUUUAACAUGACUCAGAAUUUGAUCUUGUUUUGUUCUUGAUAUUGUAGCACAUAUUCAACCUGUGUACUUUAUUUCUUUCUAUUUCUUCAACAAUACUUUUGUGACUGGUUGAUUUUGGACAAUUAACUGAAUCUUAGGGUGAAUUAUGUAGCAAUCUGACACUGUAUCAUUUAUUUAUUUUAGUAAAUGGGUUCAAACUCUUAUGUAUAGUAUGGGAUAUCCACCUUGUAUAAAAUGUUUUUUUUUGUUGUUUUGUUCUUUUUGUUCCAAGAGUUGCUGAAAUCAAUCCUCUCGCUUCUGGAGAGAUGAAGUUACAGGAACUGUCACUUUAGUUUUUGACACCGUUGCAUGCUACAUGUUUUAAAUCAUGGAAAAGCUGUCACUGUCAAUGUAUUAGUUCCUCUCCCCGGCUCCUUUCUGUCCAAUUCGGGACUCCUUCCAUUUUGGUUAAUCUGUUUAUCUCUGUAUAAGAGCAAACAAUAACUUUUUUCCUGUGCAAUCAAUUGUAUUGUAAAAAGCUCCCUGUGUAAAACGAGUGUAUUCAUUCAUCAGUUCUGUUGUUUAUAUCUGUAAAGCAACUCAUUAAAAUUGCUCAGUA